AUGGCUAGCAAUCUAGUACAGAGCUUCCCCAUGGCGCUGUCCUUACACUACACCUUGGGGUUUCAGCGGGUUAGACUCCAGCAAGUCACCCCCAAUGCACACUCGGGAGCCGCCACGCCUUGGCUCUCGCCAACCUGCGCCGAAUACUUACCGGCAUUAGGUAAGCAGGAUGCGUCCACUCCGGGGAGCGAGCGUGCAUUCCAUUCCAUUCCAACCAUCUCUCGCCGGGAUUUCCACGUGGAGAAUCUAAAGGUUUCAAAGCCUUUGAUGGAGAAGAAGAGACGCGCCCGUAUAAACGAGUGUUUGUUACAACUCAAAUCACUGCUGGAAAUCCAAUACUCCAACAGCAUCAGGAAGCGUAAGCUUGAGAAGGCCGAUAUCCUGGAACUGACUGUCAAACACCUGCGCAGUUUGCAAAGCAGUGGUCAAGGUGAGACUGCAUUGGCUGGAGUGGCUGAGUUCCAGAGCGGCUUCAGGAGUUGCUUGAAUGGAGUCAGCCAGUACCUGCUGCGCAGCGACAACACCGAUCAGCACGUGCGCCUGGGGAUGCUCAACCAUUUGGUGAACAGCUUCCCGGUGUUUUCCGGCUCCUCGGGGUUCAGCACCGCGGAGAGCGUCUGCCUUCCGGAGGCCACCUCGGUGCCAGGGCCCCAUUACGUCCGCAUCAGACCGGCGGUGGCCGGAGAGAGUCCAAACCAGGGGUCAGCCUUAACCGCGACCCCGGGGGGCAACCGAGGGCAGUCUGGGUCGCCGGCUGCUCCCUCGGUUGAAAGCGGCGAAGAACGGGGAAGUGGAGAAGCCGACCAUCCUCAUCACAGGACCACAGCCGCAGCGCCAGCCUCCGAACCAGCACAGGCUCUGCUCUGCCCAGCGCCGGCCACUGACCAGAGAAAACACGCAACACUUUGCUCAGAUUCCCGGUCUGUCUGGCGGCCUUGGUGA